CAGUGCCUUUUUUUCUUGCUGGCCGGAUCAGAUCGCGGCCCGCCGACAGCACCACACCUCACCUCACCACACGAGCAAUCGCAGCAAGCAGCCGCCGAAAUGAAGCACGGAAUCCGGAGCUGGCAAAAGAAGCUGAAUCGGACGCCCUCGCAUCGGGCCAGUCUCGCCCGCAACAUGACGAGCCAGCUGUUCCUGAACGAGCGCAUCCAGACCACCGUCGCCAAGGCCAAGUUCAUCAAACACUAUGCCGACCAAUGUAUAGAUUGGGCCAAGCAGGGCGAAGAGACCAAGCUGCGCGAGUUUCUGUUUGACCCCGACCAAACUGUCUCCAAGGUGAUGGGAUCGAUCGCUUUCCGUUUCCAGAGCCAAGAUGGAGACUACUGCCGCAUCCUGCGAAGCGGGCACCGAAGCAAGGGCUCCGACGUAGCGCCAUUGGCCGUCUUGGAGCUCCCUGGGCACUACAACGACAUCGUGUACAAGCUCUCGCUAGAGCACAAGGAGAAGAUUCAGGAACAAAUCAGCGAACUGGAGCUGAAGCGCUACAACCGCACCGUGGUUUCGAUCCGAGAUCCUGUCACGGGCGAGCCGACCGAGUUUGCCAAGCUGACGCCCAGGGAGGAUCUGACGGCGUCCGAGAUUCGGCAUUUGGAGAGAAAGCUGACCUACUUUCGGAGUAUCCUCAACAACUUUCUUCAUUCGGAACGACAGUGGCAAGCUGGCCGCGUGGCCGAGGAAGAAAGUGCAAAGGCCCUGAGCGAGAAACUCGAGGAGGAUGCCGUCCGACAGCAGCAGCAGAAGCUGCAGGCCGAUCUCGAUGAAGCUGCUGCCUACCAAGAAGCUGCGCUUGGGCGCAAACUGGCAUCUGCCCUGCGACGCUCCCAGGAGGCUGGGACAUCCUCGGAGUAGACCGAAUACAACGUGCUCAAUCUUGCACCCACCAUCACAGCCCGCGGCGUUGAGUGUGCGCGAAUUUGUAUCUCUGUUCGUGCUAUCUGCCUUUGCUCCGUUUCGCUGCUUCAACCCGAUGGAGCCAGUUCCUACAUCUGUCCCCGAUGAUCUGGCAACAGACUAGGAGCCGAACGGCGCUGCCUCGCCUAUGAACUACAAGUUGCAGCAUAUUUGAG